UCUAGCAGAGUGACAGAGAGAGAGGUAGAGGGAAAGAGAGAGAGUAAGAGGUGUACAGACAGACGGAGAGUGAAAGUAGGGCAGCGGAAGGAAGAACAGAGAGAGAGACUACUUCUUGCUAUUCCACGAUUGCUGAGAGAGAUUUGACCAUGAAGCUCUUCUGCCUCUUGUUCCUGCUGGGUGUGUCUACAGUUCAGGCAGCUCAUCAGGACACCUCCAGGGUCUACCCCACCGUAACCUCGCAACUCCAGCCCCAGACGCAGCCUCCAGCCGAGGCCAAGUCCCGCUUUGCCAUGCUGGACGAUGUCCGUCUCCUUGCCAACGGCUUGCUCCAACUGGGUCAGAGCCUCAGGGAGUUUGUCCACAAGACCAAGGCCCAGAUCAACGACAUCUUUCAAAAACUCAACAUCUUUGACCGCUCUUUCUACCAGCUCUCUGUGGUCACCUCUGAGAUAAAGGAGGAAGAGGAGGAGCUGAAGAAGACCACCACAUUCCUCAAGGCCAACAACGAGGAGAUCCGGAACCUGUCACUGGAGAUCAACUCCAAGAUCAACAGUAUCCUGCAAGAGAGGAGCCAGCUACAGAGUAAAGUAGGAGGGCUGGAGGAGAAACUGAAGGGACUGUCGGAGAGCAUGAUACCCGCAGAGCAGCUCAACGAGAUCAAGUCACUCAAGGAUGUGAUUGAGACUCAGGAGAGGACCAUCACGGACCUGCUGAAAGCUGUGAGGGAGCAGCACGAUCAGCUCAACCACCAAAAGACUAAGAUCAAGACUCUGGAGGAAAAGAUCAGCAUUGACAAUUUCCAGGACACGACUGACAAAGCAGCUGAUUCCAACUUGGAGACGCCAGACAUGUUCGAAUACCUGACAAGCAACUCCAAUGGUUCGGACGCAGACCUAUCCAUGGACUGCAGUGAUCUGUUCAACAGAGGCGAGAGAAACAGCGGGGUGUACUCUGUCAAGCCAAACCAGUCUGAGCCUUUCAACGUGUACUGUGAACUGACCUCAGAAGGAGGAUCAACAGUCAUCCAGAGUAGGGAGGACGGGUCUGUGGAUUUUGACCAGGCAUGGGAGAAAUACGAGAACGGAUUUGGGGAUCUGGAAGGAGAGUUCUGGCUGGGCCUGAGGAAGAUCCACAGCCUUGCUGGUCAGGGUGAAUCUAUCCUGCGUAUUGAGCUGGAGGACUGGAAGGAGGAGAGGAGGUCUGUAGAGUACCAGUUCACCCUGGAGGGACCCCAGGCCCACUACACCCUCCACCUCACCCACCUGUCUGGUGAUCUGCCCGACGCCAUGGGCAACCACAGUGGCAUGAGGUUCUCAACCAAGGACAGAGACAACGACAACCACCAGGACUCCAACUGCGCCAAAAACUACACAGGUGGCUGGUGGUUCAAUGCCUGUGGUGACACCAACCUGAACGGCAGGUACAUGUGGCUGAGGUCAAAGGGUCGUUCCAUGAGGAGGAAAGGAAUCCAGUGGAAACCUAUGGGGACCUCAUACUCUCUCAAGACCACCAAGAUCUCCAUACGACCCGCCUCACCCGCCCCCCUCACCUCAAGCCCCCCAUAACCUCGUCCCCACCUACAUUACACCUCGUUGGUAUGGCAACAACAAAUACACCCCCUCUCGCCGUAACCUUCCACUUACCCACCCUCACAUUACACAUUGUUGGCAUGGUAGCAAAAGAUAGAGCAGUUGUUGACAGUAGAAAAAAUGUCAGCCGCCAAUAACAGCCAGCCAACAAAUUUGUAUGACAGAGAAAAUAAGCUGACUCGUCAGAAUGAUGCAAUUAGCAGUCAGCCAGUCAAUGACCUCACAAAUUGUUUCCAGAAACACAUAGAGUUGGGUAACAACUGGGAGGGGUAAUCAGUUUUAUAAGAGCCAAGUUUUGGUUUGGAUGGAAUGUCAGAUGAUUCAACACUGUCUGUCCUGGUCUGCAACACAUCCCAGCACUGAGAAGUUAGGCUACCUUCAAUGGGUGAUUUUUUUUUCUUCUCAAUUAAGCAAUUUAUGUAACCGACAGAACACUCUGCUUUAGAUAAGUUACUACUCAUUAUGUUAAAUGAAUGAACUACAUGUGACAAAGGCAUAAUCCUCAGGCAUGUCCUUAUCCACUGAUUUAUCACUCUAUAUUGUGUUUCUGCACAUUUGGUGGCUGUUGCUGAAUGUACCAAAUAUUCACACGUAAGUAGACAAAAUAUCAACAUGAUGCAUAGAUCUUCAAAUGUAUAUGAGCUUAGUGUUUUCACCAUCUUUUUAAAAACUUUAUACUGUAUUUAAAACCAUUUUGAUGUUCUAUUAAAUGUGCUGCCAGGUUAGUUAACGUCAGGUCAUUUACAUUGGUCAUAUUGACUCUUGUCUCCUGCCAACUCUUAUCUUUCUGCUGCAUUUAAAACGGCUGCUACUUACUGUACAUAUUUUAUGUUUCUUACUAAUUAUUGCUGAGCGAUUAAAUUAAAUUGAGUUUUUUCCCCCCAUUAUUAAACUAAUUGACCGACGUUGGUUCAAUUACUUGAAUUCCAUUUCAUUUUGUUUUUGUCAGUUCAACGCGCCGUUCCUCUAGAGAAAUAAUAACAAGCAAGAGAGAAAUCAGAUCAAGAAUGAACUGAAAUGCUAAACAUAGUUUUUCAAUCGAAUAAUAUUUAACCUUGUUCAGCGCAGUGGUAAUUAACUACAAUGCCCAUAAUCCAUUGCGCCUGUACUGCCUUCCAUAUGUUACUCCCGGCCAUAUGCAUGAGAGAGUUAUGUACACAAAACCGACAAAAGGGAUAGAGACAGUUUGAGAGGUAGCUCUACCCGAUUGACAGUUGUAGUAUUUGGUAAUUAGCAGUCUUGAAAGUUAUUUUUCAUAGAGCAUAGGCAGCUAGCUACUAGCUUAGCUAAAUAGGAUAACUCGUUGGAGAGAACGUCAGAUGGUUGUCUGGCUGGCUGCUACUGCCUGAGCAGAGAUGAGAUGACUAACAAAUUAAAUAGAAUAAAAAGUAAUAAGACUGUUAGAAUGUUUUGGCAAUUGGAUGUUCUCAAUAUUUGGCUUUGGAUUAUUUAUUAAAAAGCUCUAAAAUCAUUUUAAGGUAAUCAUUUAAUGUAAAAGUGUUUUUUUGAACCAAAAUCGAAAUCCUCCAAAAAAACACUAAUUGCUCAGCACGAUUACUUCCACCUUAUCAGAGAGACUCUGGUAAACUACUGUAUAUUUAUAAUGACAAAUAAAACCAUCAUACUCAAAACAAA